AAAUUAGGAACUUAGAGUUUGAUGAUGUUAGCGCACUUGUUCCCAAAUCUUUAAUCGCACUCUUGCAGCUAAAAUCUGUCCUAAAAGCUCAGAUUUUAAGGUCCGACGAACAAAGAAACAUGUUUAUCUAUUGAACCCACAACCCGUUCUAACUCAGAGAUCGAUUACAUACAUACAUAUACUCGAUGCCUUCCACUUCAACUAAUAAAAACAAGGACAAGGUGGUCUCUGAGGAAGAAUCUGAAACAUCAGUUGAUGAGUCCGAUGUUAGUGGUUCUGAAGGUGAAUAUGUUUCCUGGGUCUCCUGGUUUUGCAAUCUGAAAGGACAUGAAUUCUUCUGCGAGGUGGAUGAUGAUUACAUUCAAGAUGAUUUUAACCUUUGUGGGCUAAGCAGUCAAGUUCCAUACUACGACUAUGCCCUUGACUUAAUUUUAGAUGUUGAGUCAUCCCAUGGUGAUAAGCUUAGUGAAGAACAGAAUUCAUUAGUUGAAUCAGCAGCAGAGAUGCUCUAUGGUCUUAUUCAUGCCCGAUAUAUACUAACGAGCAAAGGGUUGUCAGCAAUGAUGGAGAAGUACAAGAAUAAUGAAUUUGGGACAUGCCCGAGGACUUUUUGCAACGAACAGGCAUGUUUGCCAGUUGGCCAGUCAGAUAUUCCCAGGUCAAGCUAUGUGAGGAUUUACUGUCCACAAUGCGAAGAUAUAUACUUGCCGCGUACCAGAUAUCAAUAUGCCAUUGAUGGGGCUUAUUUCGGGUCAACAUUUCCUCACUUAUUUCUGAUGACUUAUAACCAUCUCAAGCCACAACGAGAUUCUCGCAGUUAUGUUCCUAAAGUAUUCGGUUUCAAAGUCCACAAGCCAUAACUUUAGGUACAUGAGCUACUUCCAGAGUUUUAUUCGAGUUUAUAUACUUUGGCAGGAAAGUUAGUUAUGUUCAUGUUGGACACCGGAAUGUGGAAUGAUGGUGCCAGCUUGAUUACACUGAUGACACAGGAUAUCAGUGUGGACCAUUGACUUAAAUUUGAAUCUUCUUAAUCUAGGGGGUUGUUUUCGGCAGUUGGAUAAUCUUCUGGAUGUAAAUUUGGGAUAGAUCAGUAUCAGUCUAUUUCGAAGUUGUUAAACUUUUUACAUUUUAGCAGGUGAAAUAAUAUUAGUAAGACUACGCAAUUUCGAUGACCAA